AUGGCCAGCUGCUGCGUCACCGGCUUCCGGUGGGACGGUACUCCCAAAGGCCACGAAGCCACGCUUGCAAACAACAAGGCCUAUGUCACGGGCACGAACAAGGAAUCCGCGGUUCUUAUCGUCCACGAUAUUUUCGGCUGGACCUUGAACAAUGCUCGACUACUGGCAGACCACUAUGCCGAGGAGGCAGACGUUACAGUCUAUUUACCUGAUUUCUUCGGCGGCGACAUCGUCACUCCCGACCGCUUGAUGGGCACCGGCGAGCACGCAAACAGCGAGCCAUUCGACGUGAUGGGAUUCCUGGGCAAGAACAACAAGGAAGUCAGACAGCCCGAGAUCUUUGCCUGUGCCACGGCCCUGAAAAAGGAUCUGGGCUAUAAAAAAGUCGGCGCCAUUGGGUUUUGCUAUGGCGGUUGGGCCGUCUUUCGAUUAGCUGCCAAAGGAAACAACCUCAUCGAUUGCGUUUCCACGGCCCACCCAUCCCUGCUCGACAAAGCAGAGAUCGACGCCCUCGGCGUCCCGACCCAGAUCCUCGCCCCGGAAGAAGAUCCCCUCUACACCCCCGAACUCAAGGAGUACUCUCUGAAGACGCUGCCCACGUUGAACAUCGAGUACGACUACCAAUAUUUCCCCGGUUUAGCCCAUGGAUUCGCGACGCGAGGCGACACCAAGGACCCCAAGCAGAAAAAGGGCCUGGAACGAGCCAAGAAUGCCGCUGCGGCUUGGUUCCGGGAAUAUCUGCAUUGA